AUGUCGGAUGUCGAAGUGAAUGAGGCGAACAGCAACAAAGAACAAGAGAAAGACCACGUGAUUCCCCUCAAGUAUGGCAUCGGGAUUGACGUCGGGUAUGCCAAGAGUAUCGGCGGGAUCCUACAGGCAGUCAUAGCUGGUUUAUCAUUUGUUGGAUUUUGUUGCGUUGCCGCCUCGCGGUCCGAGGUUUGUGACAAGGUGUAUGGAGCCAGUGCGUACAACUUUUUCGAGUUCGUGUCGAUGUCAAGUUUUCUAGUUAAGACUAUAUUCUACGUACUGUACCUUACAACUAUACACUCCAAGCUCUUCUUUAAACUAGUUCCAUGGAAACUGGCGAAUAUGAUUUCGUGUGGAUUCUACGGCGUCAUGUUCUUUAUAGCGUCCAUCAUCUUAGCAUCCAAGUCUUGUCGUGACAGCAGCAACAAAGCCGGGGCGGUGAGUGCACCUGUGGCGUGUUCACGUGGGGUGGGAGUGUGGGCGGGGGAGGAGAUGGAGGAGGUGCUGUGGUGUGUGGGUGGGGGUGUUUAG